AUGCGCAUCGCUGAUGAAAUAUCAAAUGAAGAAGAUGAAAUUUGGGAUUUUGUGUAUAAGUAAGUUCAUUAUUUAAAGAAAACCUAAAAAAACCAUUAUAUGUUUAGAAAAAUAGUUCAAGAGCAGGAAUUCUCCAAAAUCUGCGACAAGUUAUGGGAUGAAUAUAUUAAACAAAACGGAAAAUCAUGGAGCCCUGAAGAUAUCCGAAAGCAGUGAGUUUUUCGUUCAUUCUUCGGUAUUUUCAAUCUGUAAUGGUUCCAGCUACUAUGGUGAAAUGGAGAAAAAUUUGCACAACUCAUUCAUUGACGAUCACAAAAUAUUAGCACUUUUCAAAGUUUUAAAACUUAAUUUCGACGACAAUUUGUCCAAAUUUUUUGUCAAUCGUACUAGUGCCAAGCUAAAAGUUCGAAAUGGAAUUUUAAUCGAUUAUCGACUUCCAAACAAUAUUGUAGCUGCAGUUCCUGUUUCUAUUCCUCCACCAAGAAGUGUUACACCACAAAGAAAAACAAGAUCUAUCACACCACCAUCGCCACAACCUGUUCGACAAGAUACAUCCAAAGUUACUCCCAAAAAACAAAAAGAAACUGAAAAGGGAAUUGAAAUCACAAGAAAAACAGAAGAUGCGAUGUGGAAGUUCAUAGAACAAAAUUUCGGAAAAGUUCCGAACAACGAAUUCACUCUUCUAUCAUUUUGGGUCAAAUUUACGGAGAUUGAAGGAUUGCCGCCAUCAAGUGGUUAUGAUAUCGCCAAACACUUCAGAAUAUUGUUCAAAGAUAUUUGGUCGAAAGAUGUGGAUUUGGAAAUGAAAAUGGGUUUGAUGCAAGAUUUGAAAUUCGAAAUUACUGACAUUGUUAAAAAGGCACUUAUGAGUGUUCAUAAUGUGAAGAUCGACGUUGAUGAAAAUGGAUUCAUCAAGAAGUGGAAUAUUAUGAGAACAAAUCAGGAAGAAGAAGGUUGUAGUGGUAAUUCGAAUAGAAAUGCAAUAGAAUCUCGUCAUCAGAGAAAAACAAGAGCUCAGAAUGUUCUUGAUAUUAGCGAUGAUGAGGAGGAUGCGCAAAGAGGUGCCUAAUUUUUUAAAACAUUUUUUUCAAAAUUUAUCAUAAAUUUUUCGCCAUUUGACUUUUUUCAUUUUCAGUUUUUCUACCUCGUCCCAGAUCAUCUACUCCAAAUGAAUAUUCAAAUCGACUUCGAUCAGUUUCACCUGUUUUUGAAAGAAAAAAUAUCCAAAAACCCCAAAUAUCAAUUGUCAAACUUGAAGAUGUAAAAGUUGAAAAAAGAGUUCAAUUCACCGAAGCAAUUCAUCUAGAAAUGGCCAAAUUUCUUUUGUCAAAGCUAUUUGAUGAAGACGGCGAACUGCAAGAUAUACAACCUAAAGGAAUAGCAAUUUGGAGAGAAUUUCAAAGCACUGGAAAAACGAACAGAACUGCUGUAAAUUUAUCGUCAAAGUAAGCUGGCAUAUUUUAGUUUAUUUACAGAACUUUUUUCUUUCAGCUAUCGAAAAAGUUUUCAAAAAAUCCUGUACACGCUGCCUCUAUCUCGAGUACACAUUUUCAGACUUUAUAGAGGUUUGAAAAUUUAUAUUGAUGAAGAUACUGAAAAGAAGUAAGAGCGUUGAAUGACGAGUAACUCAUAUAGAUACAACAUUUUUUCAGAAUGCGAAAACGAUUCAACGCAAAACUCCAACUGGUAGAAGGAUUUUUACAUUCUUGGAAAUUUGUUGAAAAUACCCCUGAAUUGCCAGAGAAAAAACGAAGAAAAGUUGAAAAUAGUGAUGAACCAAUUGAAGUUGAAGUUAGGAAGAAUAAUGAGAAUCCAGUUGAUUCGCAACGAAAUGAAAUUGAUGAUAAUCGAAAAGUUGAACAAGUUGAAGGAACAAACGCUUUAGAAGAGUUGAUCAGAGAAGUAGAAAUGGAAACUCAAGAAACUACUCAACAUGACGAACAAGCAAUUGAGAUGGAACAAUAUCCAGAAGAUGAAGAAGAAGACGUUCAUCCAUUACAAGAAUCGAGUAUUGACGAAGGAAUUUAUGAAGAAAGAGAAUCUGAGGCGGAACCUGAACCUGUACAAGAACAAGAGCAAGAAGUCGCAGAUCAACAACAAGAAAGCGAUGCGUCUGUUGAAACAAAACCCUCUCUUGAAAAUCUUGCAAGUACGGCUAGUUUGAAGAGCGGAACAAGUGAGGAACUCAAUGAAACUCUUCCAAUUGAAAAUAAAAGAGAGCUUCUUUGUAUUGAAAAACCGGAGAGACUUCGAAGAAGUAAAAGAACAAGAAAUAAUUCACACUUAUUGAAUGUUACUUCACCCAAUGAAGAAGACGAGAUUCCGAAGGUUGCACAAAUUGCAUCUUCUAUAAAUGAAGUUACUGAAAAUGUUGAAAAUUUAGGAGAACUUCAAGAAGAACAAGAAGAUCCAAAUAAAAAAGAAACAACAUCCGAAAUCCCAGAAGAAUUACUAAAAAUAGCUCGAGAAGUUUUGGUUGACGAUGAGAAAUGUGGAAUUCCGCUUACUGUUCAACUUCAUUUCAAACAAGAAAUCGACAAAAUUUUGGAGAGAUGUAGCUUUUAUUCGAAAGGAAAUCAAGAAAAGUUCAUGAAAAUCGUUAAUAAUGUGAAACCCGAUUUCCAAAAGAAAAUCAUACAUCUUUCGAAAUCUAAAUAA